AUGGCUACAGCAUACAAGAUACAGAUUGACCCUAAUCGGGUCGGUCUCCUAGGUUACAAGCACAACGAAACUGCAGCAGCCAAGCUGUCUGAACUGCUUCAAAAAGAUCUCGACAGGCAUCAUGUCUUCUUCCUGGCGAGAGGUUACCACAACCAUAUGGCACACCACCUAUGUACACUCUACGGCGCAGGAGCAACUCCCGAAGAGCUCCAGGCGGCGUUCGACCGUGAUGCUGAACUUCAGGUUGAUCAGUUUCAGUUAAAUGAUGGCGUUCUCGAGGACCUUCGCCGAGAUUGGGCAGCCAAUGCUCCCAAGUAUCUCGGAGACGCCAAGUACUACACCGAUUUCCUGCGAUAUUUCCAGGAGCAAGUAGACGCAAGGGGGUGGAAGAAUGCAUUGGUGGAAUAUCUCUUCAGCGGCAAAGAGAGCACUCACGACAUGUACCGUCGCAGCUGGGGCAGCUUUGCCCAUUCAUUCAUCCAGCUCAUGUAUGGCAUCGAGUGGGAUCAGCCCGCCAUCAUCGCCCAAGGCCUGGCCCAGUCCGCCAUCCACGACACCUACGUGGGCGAUUUCCUGAACAAGGUGGACAAGGCAGCAGCGAACCGGCCUUCACAGCGCCUCAACACGUCUGAGCUGUACGAACAGGUCCACUCCGACCCGGCCUUUGUCAACAGCGUGCGCAAUGGAAAUCCAAACAAGAUCUUGAACAGCGUCGAGGUUCUGUGCCCUGACGAGGCUGUGAAUUAUCUCACGCAGGUCAAGGCUGACCCCAAGAAGCUGGCAGAAGGCAUCGCGGAGAACAUCCAUGCGGCCGCGUACAUGGCGUCGGCGUGUGUCUUCCACCCUCCAGACUACCCGAGGUUUGACUUUUUUCUCAUUCAUCAUCUUACCAUUGGGCCAUUCUUGCUCUUAAUCCAAGAUGUUACAUGGAUCCCGGACUCAGUUAAACUGCAAACCCUCGAGUGGAAGACUCGCUUUGACAUUCUCCACUACGUUGUACGAUGGGCCCCGCCCCUGCAACUGGGCAGCAUCAGCAGCUACAUGCCAAAAGACUCUGCGCUGGUGAAGAACUGGGAGGAGCUGCUUCCCGGGUUCAUCAACAUGCCCGACGACGGCCAUGUGGUCAAGACUGCGAGGGCUCUGGGCCUUGCGCAGCGCCUUUCUCAAGAGUACCUCGACCGGCCAUGGAUACGCAUUAGAGACGAUAAGACGUGGUUGAACACGCAGUACCUCCUUCUGGACAGCACCUGGGAGCACCCCGAGUUUCCGUGGGUGCGCACUGCGGGAUGGGAUGAGGCAUGGAAGGACAGUGGCCUCCCUGAGACAAUCCUUGUAGAACAUCACAGGGCCAAGGCUUUAUCCCAAGUUUCAUAA